AUGUCUCUAAUUUUUCAGUUAUUAAUCACUUUGGUAUUUAUCUUAAAAUUUUGUUUAGGUUUAAAUGAUUCAUACUCAAAUUUAGUUGAUCAAUUAAUUGAAGGAAAGUUAAAUGUAUAUGAAGAACAACCAUCAACAAAUUUAACAAUAGAUUGGGAAUAUAAAGAUGAAAAUAUUUCAUUAGUAAUUGAUAUGAUUCUGUUAGAUAAUGGUGAAUUAUUAAUUAAAAUUUAUAAUUUAUUACAACAAGCGUUAGCUAAUAAACAAUAUUUAGAUGCAAUCGUUUUAUAUGAUUUUAUUGUUAGAAAUGGUUAUGUUGGUUCAUAUUUAAAUGGUGAACAAGAUAAAGAAUUAGCAUUUUCAAUAAUAAAAUUGGAUUUAACAAAUCUGUGA